AUGAUAUAUUUUUGUAACCCAUCAUAUACACUCGAAAUGACGAAUAGUGUAUUAGGUACAAAUAAUUCAUCACAGAACGAAAAUAAAACAAUUGAAAAUACUGAACAUAAAAAACGACGAGUCAAACAUGUAGUGAAUGAAUUGGGUGAUUUAACACAACAUAAUUUGAAACAAUUAAAAGUAUUAAAUCGUGAUGUAUUUCCUGUUACAUAUAAUGAAAAAUUUUAUAAAGAUUUACUUGAUGUUGGAGAAUUAGCAAAAUUAGCUUAUUGUAAUGAUGUUGUUGUUGGAGCUGUUUGUUGUCGAAUAGAUAUUAGUGAUAAUCGUCGUCGAUUAUAUAUAAUGACAUUAGGUGUAUUAGCAAAAUAUCGACAAUUAGGUUUAGGUACAAUGAUGUUACAGCAUGUUUUCAAAUUAUGUGAACGUGAUGGAAAUAUUGAUAGUAUUUAUCUUCAUGUUCAAGUAAAUAAUGACACAGCUUUAUCAUUCUAUAAGAAAUUUGGUUUUCAAAUUGUUUCCACAGCCACAGAAUAUUAUAGACGUUUAGAACCGUGUGAUGCAUUUGUAUUAGAACAUACGUUAAAAAAAUCAGAUCAACAAAAAAAAGUAACAUCAACGACAACAGUAGCUUCAAUGAAUGAUGUUGAAUAA